AUGAAUCAGACUAAUAGUUUUUUCUCGAACGAGAAACGCCAGGAUUCAAACCACAAGAGUCCUGAUGGAGAUCACCAGGUCGAAGCACUUUCUGAUGCGCCAACAUUUUCUCUUCCGAUCGAGGUAGAAUAUCCCGAAGGUGGUCGAGAAGCAUGGCUCGUCGUUCUCGGUGGCUGGUUUGGUCUCUUCUGCACAUUCGGCCUUGUUACUUGUGUCGGUGUCUUUCUUGAACAUUACCAGACUGGGCCGUUGUCAGAACACAGCCCAAGCACCAUCAGCUGGAUCACGAGCUUGCAAGUAUUUAUCCAAGUUGGCGGCUCAGCAGUUGCAAAGUCCAGUGGAAUUUCGCCCGAUCUCGUUCCAUAUCUCUUGCCUCUGAUCAAUGGUAUCAGUCUGAUUGGCCGUUUGACAGGAGGCGCACUUGCGGAUGCCAUCGGCCAGUUCAACUGGAGUCAAAGCACGGCAGCUAUCAUCACAUAUGCAAUUGCUUUUGGCUACGGCUCAGGUGGCUAUGUCUCCGUCUUUCCCAGGUGCGUCGCACAGAUCAGCCCAACCGAGGAGAUUGAGUGGAAGCGGGAAUAG